UGUGUGACUAGCAGAAAUGAAGGAAAUUGUCUUAACUCUCAUUACACUUUCAUUAGUUACGGCUCACGUAACAAGGGAUUGGUCUAAAAUUAUAGCUGCUCGUAGAUCAGCUCCCACGGGAAUCAACCCGCUUGCUGAAGAUUUAAAGAUCGUGGGAGGGAAUGUAGCUUCGCCAAACUCUAUACCAUAUCAAGCCGCUUUAAUACUUACCUACAGUGAUGGAGCGAAUUUGUGUGGAGGAUCUCUCAUCUCCAGACGAUACGUGUUAACAGCUGCCAUGUGUUUAUCCAGUGGAUUUGAGUCGUUGGAAGUGAUUCUUGGAGCCCAUAAUAUUUCUCAAGUUGAACCUAGCCAACAAGUGAUUUCUAACUCCAUAUUCAAAAUCCAUGAACAGUAUACUCGUCAAUCUCAAGCUAAUGAUAUAGCCUUGGUUUAUCUUCCAACACCAGCCAAUCUCAAUCAGUACGUUCAACUGAUUGCUCUUCCCAGUAGAGCUGAUGUUUCGAAUAAUUUCGUUGGAAGCCAGGCAAUGGCAAGUGGUUGGGGAUUCAUUUAUGGUAGUAGUACCGAUAUCAGUGAAGUAUUGCGAUAUGUAUAUAUCCCCGUUGUACGAAACAACGUGUGUAGAAUACAGCUUGGACCAGCCAUUACAAACUCAAACAUUUGUAUUGGAGGAAACGAGUCUAAAGGAACUUGCUAUGGAGAUUCAGGAGGACCUCUUGUCGUUAACGGGAAAUUGGUUGGUGUAGCUUCAUUCAUAGGUAAUCCUGAUUGUAGUUUAGGCGAACCAAGCGCCUUUACAAGAAUAACAUCGUAUUUAAACUAGAUUGCAGUAAACAGUGAUGUUGUUAUUUCUUAAACAUUCCUUAAAUAACCGAUUUGUGC